AUGUCUUGGGAUGUUCAAGAUCUUACUGAGAAUGUUGGUGCUGUUAAAAAUGUUACUGGGGAUGUUGGAGAUGUUGAAAAUGUUACUGGAGAUGUUUCAUGGAAUGUUGAAGAUGUUACUGGGGAUGUUGGAAAUGUUGAAGAUGUUGCUGGGGAUGUUGAAGAUGUUUUUUGGGAUGUUGAAGACGUUACUUGGGAUGUUGAAGAUGUUAUUGGGGAUGUUAUAGAUGUUACUGGGGAUGUUAGAGAUGUUUCUUGGGAUGUUGAAGAUGUUACUGGGGAUGUUGGAGAUGUUUCUUGCGAUAUGGAAGAUGUUACUGGAAAUGUUGGCGAUGUUACUGUGGAUGUUGGAGAUGUUACUGGGGAUGUUAGAGAUGUUACUGAGGAUGUUGAAGAUGUUACUGGGGAUGUUGGAGAUGUUUCUUAUGAUGUUGAAGAUGUUAAUGGGGAUGUUACUGGGAAUGUUGGAGAGGUUACCGGGGAUGUUUGGAGGUGUUACUGGAAAUGUUGGAGAUGUUACUGGAGAUGUUGGAGGUGUUACUGGGAUGUUGGAGAUGUUACUGGAGAUGUUGGAGGUGUUACUGGGGACGUUGAAGUUGUUUCUUGUGAUGGAAAUGUUACUGGGGAUGUUGGAGAUGUUGAAAAUGUUACUGGGGAUGUUGCAGAUGUUUCUUGA